AUGGCUCUGCCGGCUGCCAAGGCGGCGCCGGCGACGCCUUUCUCGUCGCAGCCGCACGGCGGAGGCGUCCUCCUCCGGCGACCUUCGUCACCGCCGCCGCCCGCCGCGGCGCUGCGCCUCGGACCCCUCUUCUGGCCGUGGCAAAAGGUGAAAGUUGGGCCCCUUUCGGUUUCCCCCAUGGGUUUUGGAACAUGGGCAUGGGGCAACCAGCUGCUCUGGGGCUACCAGGAAAGCAUGGAUAGUGAACUGCAGGAGUGUUUCAAUUUGGCUCUGAAGAAUGGCAUAAACCUUUUCGACACCGCCGACUCUUAUGGAACUGGGAAGUUGAAUGGCCAAAGCGAAAGGCUACUCGGCAAAUUUAUCCGCGAGUGCCAAGGGCCAAUAAAGUCUCCAGAUGAUGUGAUUAUCGCAACUAAGUUUGCCGCAUAUCCUUGGCGACUGACGUCAGGCCAGUUUGUCAACGCCUGCAAGUCAUCAUUAGAAAGGUUACAGAUCGAUCGGCUCGGAAUAGGGCAGCUGCAUUGGUCUACUGCUAACUACGCACCUCUGCAGGAGCGCGCUCUCUGGGACGGUCUAGUUGAAAUGUAUGACAAGGGUCUUGUCCGGGCCGUGGGUGUGAGCAAUUACGGGCCGAAGCAGCUUCUGAAGAUCCACAGCUACCUAGCAUCCAGAGGUGUUCCCCUGAGCUCAGCUCAGGUGCAGUUCUCUCUGCUGAGCAUGGGCGAUGAGCAGAUGGAGCUGAAAACCGUGUGCGAUUCCCUGGGUGUUCGGCUAAUCGCUUAUAGCCCUCUUGGGUUGGGCAUGCUCACCGGGAAAUAUGACGCCUCUAACCUUCCAAAUGGGCCAAGAUCUGUGUUGUUCCGGCAGAUUCUUCCUGGGCUGGAAUCCCUGCUGUCUUGCUUGAAGAGUAUUGCCGACCGAAAGGGCAAGACCAUGUCCCAGGUGGCUAUAAACUGGUGCAUUUGCAACGGCGCAAUUCCGAUUCCGGGCGUGAAAACAGUCAGACAUGUGGAGGACAACCUGGGUGCGCUCGGCUGGAGGCUGAGCCCUGAUGAGAUCUCAGAGCUGGAAGCCGCGGCGAUGGAGUGCCCGAAGAAGAUGGUUCAGAACAUAUUUCAGACCGCGUGA